UGUGCGGAAGUUGAACCCAGCACUAGUUGAAGGAGGACGAAACGCUUCUUCUUCGUCUUGUUCGUUGUUUUUUUUCCCCCCUUCCUUCUUCUUCGGCCCUAAACCGCAACUUUCCCCCCUCCCGCAGAGGAACCGCCUUUUCCCGCGGAGCCUCCGCCCAUCUUCAGCCGACCUCCGAGCUCCUCCGUCGGCCUCGGGACUUGCGGGCGAUGGCUCGGCCGAGCCACGGCGAUCACGUCCUCCGGCAACUGAACAACCAGCGCGAGUGGGGCUUCCUGUGCGACUGCCUCAUCGCCAUCGGCGACAUCUACUUCCGGGCGCACAAGGCCGUGCUGGCGGCCUGCAGCUCCUACUUCCGUAUGAUGUUCAUCCGCGACCAGCAGGGGGCGGCGCGCCUGGACCUCAGCAACAUGCAGAUCAGUGCAGAGUGCUUCGAUCUGAUCCUGCAGCUCAUGUAUCUGGGACGCGUCGCGGCGGGGAGCUUUAACUUCGACGACCUCAAAGCGUCCAUGAUCUACCUGCAAAUGUACUACAUCCCCGACUCGCUGGACGACCUGCGCGACAUCCGGGGCGCGUCCAACCUGACGCCGUCCUCGUCCGAGUGCUCGACGGCGACGGCGGCCGCCUGCGGGAAGAUGUUGUUCGGCGUUCGGAUGUACGAGCGGCAGAGGCCCGCCGCCGCCGCCGCUCAGGACGCUGCCGACGGCGGCAAAAAAGUCAGCAGCUCUGCCAGGUACCUGGGCGUGCCACCCGCGACCGAGGAAGCACCCGGCGCCGCCGCCGCCCUCCCGAGCGCGGCGGACGGCGGGCAUACGGCGGAGCAACCGUGCGACCUGAGGAAGCGCAGCGCAGGAAGGAGCUCGGCCUUGAGGGAACGCCCUCGAUUCGGCCGCACCUUCACCUGCGACGACUGCGGCUUCGUCUUCAGCUGCGAAAAGCUUCUGAUCGAGCAUAUCCUCACCUGCACCAACCGCAAGACCUUCGCGGCCGCCCGCAGCCCAGACGGCGACGACGACUGCGCCAAGGCCGAGAGCUCCGCUUCGGACAGCGCCGAAGAGCGGCGGAUGGUCGCCGAUCUGCGCUCGGUGGCGGCGGGGCCCGGCGGCGGCGACGCGGGAUCCGCCCGCCGCGUUUCCAUCAAGACGGAACCCGGGGACGACCUCCGCCCGGAGGAGCGGGAGGCGGGCGCGGCACCGUGCGGGCUCGGGGUGUCGGACGACGAGGACCGCGAGGCGCUGCCCGGCGUCUCGGGCGUGGAGAAGGCGGGCGAGCCUUGCUUCGGCGCCACGUCGGGAAGCGACUCGUCCGCCACGUCGCCCGAUGUUUUUGCGGUGAAAGAGGAGAGCGCGGACGGCGACCCGUGCGAGCUGUGCGGGGCUCCGCUGAGCGAGGACGACAGGUCGGCGCACUACCUGUCCAGCCACCUGGGCCACAUCUGCGCCUGCGGCCGCUGCGGCCAAGUGCUGAUCAAGGGCCGGCAGCUGCAGGAGCACGCCGAGCGCUGCGGCGAGUCGGACGAGGCCGACGAGCCGCCCGGCGCCGAGCUGGCCUGCCCUCACUGCGGCCUGCCCUUCCAGAGCGAGAGCCUGGCGCUGGAGCACGCCCUGGCCUGCCCCCAUGAGGCCGAGGCCUUCCGGCCGGCCGGCGGGGGCGGGGGUGGCGACGACCCCCCCGGCGGCGGCCCCGAUCACCGACGCAAGCAUUUCUGCGCCAUCUGCGGCAAAGGCUUCUUCCAGCGCUGCCACCUGCGCGAGCACUACACGGUGCACACCAAGGAGAAGCAGUUCACCUGCCAGACGUGCGGCAAGCGCUUCCUGCGCGAGCGGCAGCUGCGCCUGCACACGGACAUGCACCGCGGCGUGGCGCGCUACGUGUGCCCCGUGUGCGAGCAGGGCACCUUCCUCAAGCACGACCACGUGCGCCACAUGAUCUCGCACCUGACGGCCGGCGAGACCAUCUGCCAGGUCUGCUUCCAGAUCUUCCCGGGCGGCGAGCAGCUGGAGGAGCACAUGGACGUGCACCUCUACGUGUGCGGCGUGUGCGGCGACAAGUUCCGCCUGCGCAAGGACAUGCGCACGCACUACAACCUCCAGCACACCAGGAGGCUGUAGAGCGCCUGGAAGCGGCGCUACGUUGCCGUCGCUGCGUGCAAAGUGCCGUACGCGGAGCAAUUUCAGGGUUGGAUUUGUCACGUGCACGGAUUCUGGCGCUGCAAUGACAUUUUUUUUUUUUGAAAUCUGCACUUUGAACCCCCACGCUCCUAAUCGGUAGACGUGUUGUGGGGGCGGGGCCGAGACAUCGGACGAAACGGGAUUCCUGGUGAACUUGAAAGCGUCGCCUUGCCUUGCCGAUAAUGGCGGUUGUCGACGACGGCUCAUCAACUGAACUGACCUGACCUGUGCUCGGAGGCGGUCCCGUUGUGCUUCCGGACCCUAACGGACCGUGGAGAGUGUUCACUUUGGCCUUUUUGCGACACUUGGAAUAAACAAC